AAAAAACAAAUCUUCUCUAACGAUUACUGUGAAUAGAAAGAACAUCAGCGACACCCAAAAAAAAUCUUAUCAGACAAUAAAAGUAUUGCAGGAAGUUUUUUCAAUCCUCUCAGAAAAUGUCUAAAACUCCUUCUUUCGAUAAAGAACGUGAUUAUAUUGGUUUUGCAACACUGCCCGAACAAGUUCAUCGAAAGUCUGUCAAGCGUGGAUUUGAAUUCACAUUAAUGGUCGUCGGUGAAUCCGGUUUAGGCAAAUCGACUUUAAUCAAUAGUUUGUUUUUGGGAGAUUUAUAUAAAAAUCGCAUUAUACCAAAUGUGGAAGAACGGAUUGAGAAGACAACACGUAUCGAAAAGAAAACAAUGGAUAUUGAAGAGCGCGGAGUACGCUUAAGAUUGACUGUAGUCGAUACGCCGGGCUUUGGAGAUGCCAUCAAUUGCGAGGAUAGCUGGAGAGUAUGCACGGCUUACAUAGAUGAACAAUUUCGUCAAUAUUUUACGGAUGAAAGCGGUUUAAAUCGUCGUAAUAUCCAAGAUAAUCGCGUGCACUGUUGCUUGUAUUUUGUACCACCCUGGGGCCAUAGUUUACGUCAAAUGGAUUUGGAUAUGAUUAAACGUUUACAACGUAAAGUGAAUAUCGUUUUGGUUAUUGGGAAAGCCGAUUGUCUGACUAAGACGGAGGUACGCAACUUAAAAGAACGCAUUUUGCGCGACCUGGAAGAUAAUCAUAUACAGUUAUAUCAGUUUCCUGAAUGCGAUUCCGAUGAAGAUGAAGACUUUAAGCAGCAAGAUCGUGAACUAAAAGCUUCGAUACCGUUUGCGGUGGUCGGUAGUAAUACAAUUUUGGAUAUUGCCGGUAAAAAGGUGAGAGGUCGUCAAUAUCCAUGGGGUGUUGUUAAUGUAGAAGAUCCUGAACAUAGUGAUUUCAUUAAGCUAAGGACUUUUCUCAUCUCUACGCACAUGCAAGAUUUAAAAGACACCACCCAGGAUGUGCACUAUGAAAAUUUCCGAGCUCAAUGCAUUUCACAAAUAUCACAGCAUGCUUUACGAGAGCGCGGUAAAUUGAAGCGUGACUCGAUCAGUUCUACUAAUGGUUUUGAGUCGGUCAUAUCCGAAACAGAUCGUUUACUCUUGCAAAAAGAUGAAGAGAUACGACGAAUGCAAGAUAUGCUAACACAAAUGCAAGAGAAAUUAAAGCAGACUCAUCUUAUGGAAAUGAAGAAGAACGAUAGUGUCAUAGAUGUUUAGAGAGCGUUGAAAACCGCAAGACGUAAAAAGAAGAGAAAAACUUAUCGAUUUACCUCUUUUCUAUAGGAAAAUCACCUUCCAAUUAUUUAAUACAUAUAUAAACCUCCACCUCUCCAUUUUCCCUAACCAACAAAUUGUUUCAAUCCCUGGACCUUCAUAUUAACAGUCUCUCUUUUACGGUUUUCUUGGAAUAUUCAAAAAAAAAAAAAAAAAA